AUGGAGAAUCACAGUUUCGAACGGUCAUCUCCGGAUGAAUCGUCCAGUGGAGUGUCCGACUCAACUUUUCGUCGAGGCCCACAUCUGCCGACACAACUUCAAAAUGAUCUCAUCGACAAUGGCAAAACAACAGUAAGUCAUUUCGCGGCUACUUGGUGCAAGAAGUCCUCAGCAUCUUCGCUGUGCGAAAUUUUGAUUCGUUUUGACGCGUCGCUGCGAAAAUCGAGAAAAUAUGGUUUUCUCAAUGCAUUUUGGCAGAAAACGUCCUUUCCGGAAGGACUACUACAGGGUGGUUCAGCCGAGGGUUCCAUCCUUAUUUCAAGUAUUUCUCCGCCAAUAAUGCACCAAUUUCUAUAAAAUUUAUGUCAAAUUGAAGCUGAGGUGCCCCAUUUUCUGUCCACCAAGUAUGACAGGCCCAAGUUCACGGGGCACGUCAAGAAAAAAUAAAAGAAAAACGGGCGCCCAAUGAAAAAGCCUAGAUUUUUUUUUGGCAUUCUGCCCUGUGCAAAUCCGUUUUUGUCCAAAUGGUUUGCAAUAUUUUGACAUAAAGAUUAAUAGUAAAUCACAAGAUAUUGAUACCAAUAGAAAGCUCGAGGGCUGCUUAAGCUAAUAGAACCAAAAUAUACCCAUAAUCGUAGUAUUUUGACAGUUUUCCAUGGCGAAGAAUACAACGUCUAAAUAAAAGUUUGUAUCGACGAUACCGAGUCAGAGAGCACUGGAAGGAGGUAUAGGCUCCACGUCAAAAAAAUCCUUAAACUGUUCUUCGAGUAUCUACACCGGUCCCGUCCCGCUUGAUGGGACAGUUUUUUUGAUAGUUGGCCUUGAAAUUUGCACUAUUUUUAGCCUAGCUCGAACCAUGUUCAGAAAAUGCGUCACGAUGACACCCAUUUAGAAUGUACCAGCGGUAUAAAAAACAGUUGUAUACGACUAGUAGUACUCCCUAGAGUUCCCAUAAAAAAAAUUAGGUUAAAAAUUAUUGUUAUGUGCAAUUUGGAUGACAGGUUUUAUGAAUUUUUUUUCGCUGUGAGAACCUUUGCAAUGCCCGCAAUUUCUUGACGUGCGGGGGCUCCCGUAAUGACCUUUGACAUUUUCAUUUCAAGUUUUAGAGCCCGAAAUCGGUGAAACUUACGAGGGAAUGGUCUGAAAUUCCCCCAGCGUUUGGGAAAAUGACUAGUACAGGCGGAUAGGGCAUGUCAACUUUAGUAAAAAGAGCCAUUUUCCAGCUGCGAAAUAAGCCUAGCCAACGAGAAAAAUCGACCGAAAGUUCCACAAAAAUUUCCUCUUUCUCUUCUCUCGGAAAAGAAGAGCGGUAUCCAGUGGUUCGGUUAGCCGAGUGGAUAAAGCAUCCGCUCGAUAUUCUUUUGGGGGUUGGUUCGAUUCCGGGGUCUCGCGAAAGACCGUGAUAAGGCUUUGAUGAGCAAGAUCAAACUCUAACAACCCAAAAAAAAUUAUUUUGCCUUUUUCAAAGACAAGUCUAUCACCAAACGAGUAUAACUUCGACGUUUCAUCGCUUUGAAGGUUCGGAAGCACCCAAAAAUUCAUUUGCUGACGAUUAUUGUUGUGGUAUAAUGUCCCUAAAAAACGUAUAAAAAUGGCAAAACAUUUUUUUUGGUUGUUAGAGCUUGAUCUUACUCAUCAAAGCCUUAUCACGGUCUUUCGCGAGACCCCGGAAUCGAACCAACCCCCAAAAGAAUAUCGAGCGGAUGCUUUAUCCACUCGGCUAACCGAACCAUUGGACACCGCUCUUCUUUUCCGUGGGAAGAGAAAGAGGAAAUUUUUGUGGAACUUUCGGUCGAUUUUUCUCGUCGGCUAGGCUUAUUUCGCAGCUGGAAAUUGUCACUUUUUACUAAAGUUGACAUGCUCUAUCCACCUGUACUGGUCAUUUUCCCAAACGCUGGGGGAAGUUCAGACCAUUCCCUUGUUAGAAAAUUUUCGCAAUGAUUUUCAAAUGAGAUUCUCGGGCUUGAAAAAUUUUGGGAUUUCCGGCAAGACAAAGUCACCAAACUCGAUGACAUUUUUAAAAAAGAAGUAAGGUUUAUGACAUUUAAAAAAAAAAAGUAAAUUUUUAUAAAAAAGAAGUGAGAGCUCCUUUGCUUCGCCAAUAGCGCUCACCAUUUAUCUGACAGGCUGGUACACUGUUUGCAUAAGUUUGCGUCAAGUGUCAUCAGAAUUCAAAAAUCGCCUUAAAUUAUAAUGUUUUUUUUCAGAUUCAAGUCUCCGACUCUACAGAGCAGCUGAAACAACCGUUCGAUUACAUUCCAGAAGAUUUGAAUGAGCCCUCGACAGGCCCUAUGCGCUAUCUUGAACUCGCUCAAGCAAAGGUUGGGGAAUUCGUUUCACAGAAUCAGCACGCCUUCAAGAUUGGUGCUUAUUUGUUGUUAAUCUCGUUGUAUCAUUGUUUUUUGGGUGAGUUUACAGAGACAUCAUUGGACUAUUCGUAUUUUAAAAUUUUAAAAAUUGUUUUUUAAUUUUCUUCAUUUUUUAGGUCUGGCACUGGCGAAAAAUUACAAAAAAGCCGAGCCAUUGCUGAUAUUGACCAUAAUUGUAUGGGUUUAUUUGUUAUACCGUAAAUUAUUUAUUCGAUUUUUGGGGAAGAGGACAAAAAGGGCAUUAGGGCCUUUUGUGGAGCAGGCCUCAAGAAUCGCCGGGAUGAGAUACGUCAAAACGUAAGUAAUUUAGAAUGAUCAACAUGUUUUACAUGAGAUAUCAAGCUUUCGUGGUGUUCAUAUAUUCAUACUUUCAUUUUGGUCUUUGCGGCCGAGAUAGUACGCUAAAUAUCAAGAUCGGCCAGAGAAAAAGGCCAAAAAUAUAUACAAUUUGAGAUUUUUUCCAGAUUUCGGCUAUAAAAUCUCGGUUAUUUUUUCAAAGCACAAGCCAAGGGCGGCCAAUUACAGUGGCGGACCUGAUCCAGUGGCAAAAAACGUAACAUCUUGCAUCCGGGAAGUACCAAAAAUGUGGCAAAACACCUCUCUCUUCAACUAAAAAACUUCGGUUUGAAGAGAGAGGUAUUUUGCUACAUUUUUUAUACUUCCCGGAUGCAAAAUGGUACGUUUUUUGCUACUGGAGCAGGUCCGCCGCUGUAUCGGUCGGGCCUAAAAAUGGCUCAAGCCCAGGCCGUCCCGGCCUGUAGUAACCUUUCACUUAUAUGUCAUAAUAUAAGGUCCAAAAUUAGAGCAUAUAUGAAUGACAGUUUGCAGCAAAAUUCAGCACUACAGAGGCGUCAAGAUCAAAGGAAUUUUUUCAGCUUGUGCCUUAGCCCGGCUUUACCGAACCUAGCCCGAUUUUUACGUGCCGGCCCCGGGCUUGAAAUUUUCAAAGAGAGGCAUGUUUACCACCCCUGGCGCACGCUAAGAAUAUCGUAUUUGCCUUAUUGUUAGAAAAAAAUCUAACAGGGGAAGUACCAAGUGCGACGCUCAGAUUUUGAUGCAACUUUGCACAAAUUUAGAAUAAUUUUUUCUGAGAUAUAUGCGAGAAUUCUAGCUCGCGCUUUGCAGAAACAACCGAGAUUUUUAUAUCGAAAGUCGGCCAAAAUUUAAGACUUUUUGCCGAAUUUCGGCACGAAAAAUUUCAUGCCUAUUUCAACCGUAAAGAAUAAUGUUUCUACAAAAAAUCAAAUUUUUCCGCACGAAACUGUCAAGGUUAUGGCCAAAAAGCGUUUUUCUCUCUGACCUCUCUCCACUUUUAGCUCUCGGCGACAAAAAUCGUUCGAUAUCUCGGCGGCGCCCGCAAAGCGCGAGCUAAAACUUUCAGGAAUUGAUAUUUAAUACCAACCCGACGUGUGUGCAAAAUUUAAAGAAAAUCCGAACGUCGCACUUCGAGUACUUCCCCUGUAAAUUUAGCAAAUUUCCGUCAGCAUCUCAAAAAAAUUUUUUAGCCCUGUUUUAGUCAUCACAAUUUGCAAUUCUCCCCCCUUUCAGAGCUGUUUAUGUGACUCUCAUCUCCUUGAUCCUGAUCUUCGUAAUCAUCGACACCACCGACCAGCCGCAGCGUCUGAUCGGCCUCGGCGGAAUGGCAUGUUUAAUAUCGAUUAUGGUCCUUUGUUCCCACGCUCCCUCCAAGAUUGAUUGGCGCCCCGUUGUGGUGGGAUUCUCGAUCCAAUUCGUGAUCGGGUUGAUUGUUUUGCGAUGGGAUUGGGGAGAGAAACGGUUCAACGAAGGGACGGAGUUGAUCAUCGACUUUCUGGAUUUUACGGACAAUGGAACCUCGUUUGUCUAUGGGUUCUUGGCUUCACCUCCGAAUAUUUGCGGGAUGGAUCCGGUGUUUGCGUUCAAGGUAGGACUGUCGUAUUCUCGUAUACUUAUAACCGUUUUUUCGAGAGACCACGCAAAAUGUGGAGAGUCGGAUAGAUGGAAAACUUCUCUGGGCCAUAGAUUUUUUGUUUGCUGACGGAAAAAUCUGAUAGUUUGUAAAGAUAUUACACGCGUUAGUAAUCGAACCUAAAAUUUGCAAAUCAAAAAAUCGCAAAAAACUGAAAUUUGUUGUUACAGUGACGGACCAGAUCCAGUGGCAAAAAACGUACCAUUUUGUAUCCGGGAAGUAUCAAAAAAUGUUGCAAAACACCUCCCUUUCCAAGUGAGAAAAACCGAUUUCAAAAGCCCGCCUCUUUUUGUGAGGGAAAGGGCGCGCCCUUCAAAACGAAGCUUUAUUGGUUGGAGAAGGAAGCAUUUUGCCACAUUUUUAAAUUCUUCUCGAAUGCAAAAUAGUACGUUUUUUGUCGCUAGAUCAGGUCCGCCCCAGUAAUAAAAAGAUCACAAAAGAGAAGUAGCCCACGUGCGACGCUCAGAUUUUCAUUAAAUUUUUCACACAUUUCGGGCAUAGGCCACCUAUCAAUCUCUGAAAGUUUUAACUUGCGAUUUGCAAGAGCAUCCCAGAUAUAACUUGGGAGAACAGUGGCGGACCUGAUCCAGUGGCAAAAAACGUACCAUUUUGCGUCCAGGAAGUAUCAAAAAAUGUAGCAAAAUGCCUCCUUCUUCAUAUAAAAAAACUUUGUGUUUGAAGGCGCGCCAGCUUUUUUUGUGAUGGAAACUUUUGAAAUUGGAGCUUUUUCAUUUGGAGAGGGAGGUAUUUUGCCACAUUUAUGAUACUUCUCGGAUGCAAAACGGUACGCUUUUUGCCACUGGGUCAGAUUCGCAACUGUACUUUUAUGGUAAAUUAAAGACGAUUUUCACUGACAUCUGAGCGACGUACGUCAAAGAAUUCCUUUGGUGGUCACAAAUUUUCGUCGACAUAUUUUUUGCAGCCAUCAGAUCACAGUUUUGAUUGUCAAAAAUGUUGACAUCAACUAUCGUUUUCGUAUUUUACAAAUUAAAUUUUUAUUUUUUUAUUACCUAGGUCAGCAAAACGUGUUAAAAUCCCAAUUAAAAAAACGUUUCACAAAUUUUCAGUCCAUCCAAGUGAUCCUCUACUUUGGCGCCGUUGUGGCAUUACUCUACUACUAUGGGAUUAUGCAAUUUGUCCUCAAAAAGAUGGCUUGGUUGGUGCAGUUGACUCUGGGAACUACGGCGACGGAAUCAAUCAAUGCAUGUGCUUGUGUGUUUUUGGGACAGGUAAGGAAUUUUUGUGCUGUAUGUCGUAGGUUGAGAUGGCGCAUUUUACAAAAAAAAAAACGCUUUUUUACUGUUUUUUUUCAAAAAAAUCGAUUUUUAUAACGACCGUAUUUUACAAAAAAAAAAAAAAAUUUUUAUCUUGCAAUAGUUUUAUGGCACUUUUUUUACUGUUUUUUUUUCAAAAAAAAAUGGAUUUUUAUAACAACCGUAUUUUACAAAAAAAAUAAAUUUUGAUUUUGCAACAGUUUUAUGGCGCUUUUUUACUGUUUUUUUUCAAAAAAAAUUCGAUUUUUAUAACAAUUGUACAUAUCGUAUUUUACAUAAAAAAAUUUUUUUUUAUUACAACAUUUUCAUUCCAACACAAAUUUUACCGUAUUUUACCAAAAAAAUUAAAAAAUCAAAAAUCAAUUUUUGAUGACAAAAAAACAUUCGUUGCCAUAAAUUCUUUUAUGUCCUCCAAACCCGCAAAAAAUCCCGUUUCCAGAGCGAAGCCCCCCUCCUGAUUCGUCCAUACAUCGCCAAGAUGACGGCCAGCGAAAUCCACGCGGUGAUGACCAGCGGCUUCUCCUGUAUUGCCGGCUCAAUGUUCGCGGCGUACAUUGCGUUCGGCGCUUGUCCGACGUAUUUGUUGUCGGCGACGGUGAUGAGUGCGCCCGGCUCGUUGGCCUGCUCGAAGAUUCUGUUCCCGGAAACGGAGGAGUCGCAGCUGAAAACGAUCGAGGACUUGGAACUGCCUCCGGGGUAGGUUGGAGUUGAAAUUUUUGCUCGAAAUAGUAGAUGAAUUUGACGAUACAGUGGCGGAUCUGAUUUAGUGGCAAAAACGUACCAUUUUGUAUCCGGGAAGUAUCAAAAAAUGCGGCAAAAUACCUUCUUUUUCAAGUGAAAAAAAUCCGAUUUUAAAAACGCACUCGCUUUUUUUGUGAGGCUGCCUACAAAACGGAGUUUUUUUAGUUGGAAAAGGAGGCAUUUUGACACAUUUUUGAUACUUCCCGAAUGCAAAAUGGUACGUUUUUGCAAGUGACAAUUUCUUUUUUUAGAUUUCUCGGAUCUUUGUAAAAUCACAAUCAUUUAUCUUGCUUUACAUGUACAGUGGCGGAUCUGAUCCAGUGCCAAAAAAUGUGCCAUUUUGCGCACGGGAAGUAUCAAAAAAUGUGGCAAAAUACCUCCUUUUUCAAGUGAAAAAACUCCGAUUUCAAAAGCGCACCCGCUCUUUUUGUGAGGCGCCCUUCAAAACGAAGCUUUAUUGGUUGGAGAAGGAGGCAUUUUGCCACAUUUUUUGAUACUUCCCGAAUGCAAAAUGGUACGUUUUUUGCCACUGACAAUUUCUUUUUUUAGAUUUCUCGGACCUGAUCCAGUGACAAAAACGUAUCAUUUCGUAUCCGGGAAGUAUCAAAAAAUGCGGCAAAAUGCCUCCUUUUUCAAGUGAAAAAACUCCGUUUUUAAAAACGCACCCGCUUUUUUUGUGAGGCGCCCUCCAAAAGAGGAGUUUUUUUUGUUGGAAAAGGAGGCAUUUUGCCACAUUUUUUGAUACUUCCCGAAUGCAAAAUGGUACGUUUUUUGCCACUGGAUCAGGAAUUAUUUCGUAUCCGGGAAGUAUCAAAAAAUGUGGUAAAAUACCUCCUUUUUCAAGUGAAAAAACGCCGAUUUCAAAAGCACACCCGCUCUUUUUGUGAGGCGCCCUUAAAAAGAGGUGUGUUUUAGUUGGAAAAGGAGGCAUUUUGACACAUUUUUUGAUACUUUCCGAAUGCGAAAUGAUACGUUUUUUGCCACUGGAUCAGUUCCGUCGCUGGUAAAAGAAAGCAAUUAGCAAUUUGCGCUAAAAAUCACCGGAACUUUCUGAACAACCCAAUAUAUAGAUGCUAAAAAUGGUCUCCCAAACUUGCCGCCAGAUAUAAAUCAUCUUGGUUAUAUCAUUUUUGACUUUAUUAGUGUGUCGGGAAAAUAAUGAGGAUUUGUCGCUUCAAAAUGUCUCGGCUUAUCGCAGCCGCGCAGCAAAUCUUUAGUUGCGGAAAGUGUCGCAAAACGGUGAUAAGUUCAAGACUUGACAAAUCCACAUUAUUUUCCCGACAUGUUGGUAUUUCUCAUCGUAUAAAAAAGCCUUUUUUCAACAAAGUCUGCUGAUAACAAAACAAAGUUUUUCAUUUCUGAAAAUUCAAUUUUAAGCCUAAAAUUAACCUUUCUACAACUGAAGCUUUCUAUAACAAAUCAAUUUUUUGGCCCUUAAAAUUCGUUAUACAGAGGUUUAACUAUAUUCCCAAAAUCAUUUUUUUUUCAAUUUUUACUAUGUCAAUAAACCUUUCACAACCAUCCUCAACCCCUUUGCAGCACCGAGUCCAACGCGCUGGAGUGCAUUUCCAACGGCGCCAUUGCCGGCAUCGAGAUCAUUGUCGCGAUCCUCGCCAAUCUGAUCGUCUUCCUGGCCCUUCUGGCGUUCGUCAACAGCACCAUCAGCUACAGCGGCGAGUUGAUCGGCUACAGCGGCUGGUCGUUGGAGCUGUUCCUGGGCUACAUUUUCUACCCGCUGGCUUUCGUGAUGGGCGUUACGGACAGCGAGGAGACGCUGCUGGUGGCCGGGUUGAUGGGAACGAAGACAAUGUUGAACGAAUUUAUCGCGUACCGGCAGCUGGGAGAGAUGAUUUUGGAGAAGAAGUUGUCGGUAGGCAAUCAAUUUUAUUUUUUUUCGAAAUUUAAAAAAAAAGUAUUGUUUUAUCAUAGGCAUAAAUUAAAAAGGAAAGUAUCUCAAGCGAGUCGCUCAGAUUUUCCUUAAAUUUUGCACAAACUUCGGGCAUACGCUAAAUAUCAAUUCCUGAAAGUUUUAGCUCGCGCUUUGCAGGCGCAGCCGAAAUCUUCAACGAUCUUUAAGGUCGAGAAUACGCGAAACGCGGAGAGCGGUCAGAAGGAAAAACACUUUUUUGGCUAUAACUUCGCUAGUUUUGUGAGGAGAAAUUAUUUUUUUUGGAAAUAGUACCCUCUGCUGUAGAAAUAAGCAUGCCACUUUUUGUGCCAAAAUUCGCAAAAAAAUUCUCUUUUCGAUCUAAAAAUCUCGAUUGUUUUUGCAAAGCGCGAGCCAUAUGAGUCUCGCAUAUGCCUCAGAAAAAAUUAUUCUAAAUUUGGCCAAGUUUAUAUGAGCGUCACAUUUGAGGUGCUUUCAGUAGUCUACAAAGGGGGUUGGACCACUUGAAAGAAUUCCCUGAGGGUGCCAUGAGAAAUUUAUUUUUUUAAUUCUCUUGUAUACACUACUGCUUCCCCUGUAAGAUUAGAGACACAUUUUUGCUAACAUUCGGACAAAAAUAUUCGUCGUUUCUGCAAAGCGUAAGAAAGAAUCCUCGCAAUGCCUCAGAAAGGGCAUACUACUCCGUACACAAAUUUGGCCACACCGUAUUUUACCCCAAAACCACGUUUUUAAUUUCAGGAACGAGCAGCCAUGAUUGCGACCUACGCUUUAUGCGGCUUCUCCAAUCUGGGCUCGGUGGGAAUUCAACUCGGUGUACUUGGAGGCCUCGCGCCAACAAGGAAAGCGCUUUUCGCAAAAAUUGCGUUCAGAGCGCUCUUCGCCGGCAGCAUUUCCUGUUUCAUGACGGCUUCUUUGGCUGGUAAGCGGAUUUUUUCUCUUUUUUUAUCAAGUGUAAUAUAAAUUUUUUAUAAUUUUAAAUAUUUUUAUAGGGAUUUUGGUGUCAAACCCGAUUGCUUGCCGACCGAACACGCAAACGUCGUGCUUUGACGUGGAGAAAUACAAAGUUUUAUUAAAUGAGACAUCAACGUCGGCAGCGGCGUUGUUUCUACCUUCUGGACACAGUGAACUCUAA